AAGUUUUUAAAGCCAAAGCUGAAGCAAUUUUAGAUAAAUUGGGAAUUCCUGUACAGAUUUUUGUUGCAACAGGUAUGGGAAUGUACCGUAAACCUGUGACUGGAAUGUGGGAUUAUCUGUGUGAAAAGGGUGAUGACGGGUUCCCUGUACAGAAGGAAGACUGUCUUUAUGUGGGAGAUGCUGCUGGACGUUCUGCAAACUGGGCUCCUGACCGCAAAAAGAAAGAUUUCUCCUGCAGCGACCGUCUGUUUGCGUUGAAUAUUGGAUUAAAGUUCUCAACACCAGAAGAGUUUUUCUUGGGCUGGAAGACCGCUCCGUUUCAUUUACCUAACUUUGAUCCGAGGACUUUGGAUCCAAAUGCACCACUGCACGAUCCUGCUGCUAGUCUGAUUUCCCCACCUACAGAAGUGGCAGUCACAGUUGGUUUUCCUGCAGUUGGAAAGUCCAAAUUCGUAAAAGAUUACCUUGUUCCAAAGGGUUACGUUUGUGUCAACAGGGAUACUCUUGGGACUUGGCAAAAAUGUGUGGCCAGCUGUGAAGAGGCUUUGAGAAAUGGAAAGAGCGUAGUCGUUGAUAACACAAAUCCUGACCUGGAGUCUCGAAGCAGGUACAUCAAUUGUGCGAAAAAUGCUGGCGUACCGGUGAGGUGUUUUGAGUUAACAACCACUGUAGAGCAGGCAAAGCACAAAAACCGGUUCCGAGGAUGAGUCAGAAGGGACAUGUAUCUGUGAAUGAUAUGGUCAUCAACAACUACAAGAGUAAGUUUGUAGCACCCUCUGUGAGUGAAGGCUUCAGUGAAAUUGUGAAAAUCCAUUUUGUGCCCCGUUUCAAGGAUGCGUUGGAAGAAUCUUUGUAUCGCCAAUUUUCAGAGGGCUGAGAGUUCAAACCCCCCAUGUAUGUCAAAAAUGUUUGUGUUGCCACUCAGAAAUACUGUGCUAAAAUGUGAACAGUAAUCAAAGGCAAAUCUAUCCACGCAGCAGUAGGACAAAAACGAACAGAAUUAUUUUAAUAAAUAGAUUGUCUUUCCAAAAAA